AUGGACCUUCCAGCAUCAGCACGCAUCCCCAUUGCAUUUUCUGAGCAAGUCAGCAAGAAAGCUCAGAAAACUCUGGACGAAGUCGAGCUCUUUGUCCAAGAGAAAUGCAUUCCAGCUGAUGCAGUCUUCGCUCAGAUGCUGGGUAACAAGCCCAGAGAACGUUUUGCUGCGCAUCCACGGAUCCUCGAGGACCUGAAAUACGAGGCAAAACGUAGAGGAUUGUGGAAUCUUUUCUUACCAAAGAGUCACUAUGCAGAGGGCAGUGGCUAUAGCAAUCUUGAAUACGGUUUGAUGGCUGAACAAUUGGGGAAAAGCCAAAUCGCAAGUGAGGCUAUGAACUGCUCAGCUCCUGAUACAGGUAACAUGGAAGUUCUGGCCAAGUUCGGAAAUGCUGCACAGAAAAAGGAAUGGCUUGAGCCGCUCCUUGAGGGAAAGAUCCGCUCAGCUUUUCUAAUGACUGAGCCAGACGUUGCUUCCAGCGACGCCACCAACAUUCAAUUCGAAAUGAAACGCGAUGGAGAUUCGUAUAUACUGAAUGGCAGUAAAUGGUGGAGCAGUGGAGCAGGCGAUCCUAGAUGUGAGCUGUACAUCGUGAUGGGCAAAACGGACCCCUCUAAUCCGAACACUCAUCGCCAACAGUCUGUCUUAUUGGUUCCUGCGCGUUCUGCUGGUAUCACUGUACACCGCAUGCUGUCAGUGUUUGGAUACGAUGAUGCUCCUCACGGUCACGGACAUAUCUCUUUCAACAACGUUCGUAUUCCUGCAUCCAGCCUCGUCUUGGGAGAAGGCCAGGGUUUCGAGAUCAUCCAAGGACGACUUGGUCCUGGCAGAAUUCAUCACACUAUGCGAUGCAUUGGAGCGGCUGAACGCGCUCUCGAUCUGAUCUUGAAUCGUAUUCAUGACCCAUCGAAAACACCAUUUGGCAAAAUGCUUCAUGAACAUGGGCAUGUCACUACCGAGGUAGCCAAAGCUCGCCUAGGCAUAGAUGCAUCUAGGCUGGUCGUCCUCAACGCAGCCGUCAAGAUAGAUAAGGCAGAUGCCAAGUCUGCCCUGAAAGAGAUCUCAGAAGCCAAAAUCCUUGUCCCUUCGAUGCUUUGUAAGAUCCUUGAUAGCGCUAUUCAAAUUUAUGGAGGCGCCGGUGUCAGCCAGGAUACACCAUUGGCAUACAUGUGGGCAAGCGCUCGGACUAUGAGACUCGUUGAUGGUCCUGAUGAGGUUCAUAUGCUACAACUAGGUAGAAGGGAGAGUCGACGGGCAGAUUACGUGAGGGCAAGGAUACAAGUCCAGAAGGAUUUGGAAGAGAAGUUAUUCCAGCUGUAUGAUUUGCAAAAGGCCGAUCCUUUGGAAAUGGGUUGGACGAGCGAGACAAAACCAAAGCUGUAGUGGAUGUUACCGGUUUAUGUCCACUUGCUUCUGGUGGCAGCUACAGUAUGUACAGAAGUUAUGCAUUAUUUAUGCGGCGUC